CAACAUCCGGGCAAUAGUCAGCUUGCGCAGAAACGGAAUGGCGGAGGUAAGUGAGCGAAAACGAGGGCUGUAAUGAGCCGAAUGAUAGAGAAACUGGACCGUAUUUAAGACUUGUGUCAGUCCUUUUCGUACUUGUGAGUGUCGAUGGUUUCGCUGGCUGUUAAACGCCGCCUGAAAGAGCUCUGCGACGGGAGCAUUUUAACCGGGAAGCGGGGGGAGAAAUGGAGAAUCUCUUCAGCGUAUCGCCUCUCUCUCUCUCCGCGUUCUUGGCUUUAAAGAGCCAUUCCCUCUGCCGUGAUAGUAAAGCCGGGGAGACAAUAGGGAGCCCGGCGGGGUUAAACACGGUGGUGCUGAACUAUUUCAGGUGUGUGGAAAGUGUAACGUGUGAAAAAAGUUCGAGGAGAUGUCAUGACUCGGCCGCGGUAAACUCUUUCGGAAAUAUUGAGAACUAGUUAUUUCCUUCUUGCCACUCGUGGAGAGCCGAAGAGAGGAAGAGACGUUCAGCACCAAGUCACAGGAAAGCGCCCCUGGUCAGUCAGACAGCGCCCGUUGGGUUGGGAGAGGCACGUUGCAUCGACAUUGAGGCUUCCACCUAACUUUUAUAACUUCUUCACCCUGUAGUACUAUCGUCAGAGCCGUGGGGUGAUUCAAUGAGGGGUGGCACUCGGUGUGAACAUGGUUGGGUUUGUAACUUCUCCUUCCAGCAUGUCCUGUAUGCUGCUAUCCAAACUUUUUUCACCUCUGUAGCCUACUAUGCGGCCUCAACUUCCAUGAACGCCACACUUUGUCAUUAACCUCCCACUCUCAAACUUAAUUUAAAAGGCGAGCUGACACAGGAGAAAACUAUUCUGUCCACGGUGUGAAACUUGUUUUUAGUUCUGUUUUGAGAUCAAGAUAUCAUAUCACAACAAUACCUAAGAAGCUGUGUUCUUGUUUUUGUGGAGUCAGAAAAUCUAAUACAGGAAGGUUAUAUGCUGGUUACAAAGAAGUGAUACAGACAAUGAAGACAUGACCUUUAAAGUGACACAUUUGUCCCCACAGUAGUGUCCUGAGUCAAAAAGAGUGUAAUGGAGUGGUUUCAAAGUCAGGAGUCAGCUGAUGUGUAAUGGGAUGAGCCAGGAUCAGCCACUAUCUGAUCCCUCAUGUUGUGUGUGUGCACGUGCGUCACAGAUGCACAGAGGAAUGAGCUCCCAUUGUAAUAUACCCUCUUUCUGUUUUGACUUUACAUGAACAUGUGUCUGUGUUUCUGCAGGUGGGUAAAGAGCCCCUGAAGAUAAGUGUGGAGGUUGUGGCUUAGAGGAGAACGGAUGAGGAAGAGAAAUGAAGGCCCUCCACAGGAGAAGCAGAAGUCCCAACAGGCCUUUGUGAAGUUGGAGGUGAACUUUCACCCCAUGAAGAUGGCAACGCAGUCCCACACUGUACGCUCAAGUUCAGCCGUGUCUGCAGACAUAAAAGUUAGUUGCCGCGUGGAUUCAUUUGUUUCUUAAGCAGAAUUUGAAUAUGGUAUCUUAACUACUCUGAUGCACCCAGAGUAGUCUUAUUGGAAGUGAAAACUAUUUCUGCUUUUGCAUGAGACAUUAACAGCAUGUUUUUUUAAAAGUCAGUUCAACAUCAUUAUUACCCUGUGUACCUUAAUGCAGAAAAAAUAUUCAAAUGAAUUGCUAAUAUAAUUAUUUUUCUGGAAUUACAGACAGAAAACAUCUUUUUCAUAAGACUAGUCUAAAAUAGGUGCUGCAUUUACACGCUUCUGAGAUACUGACCUUGGGUGGUGAGAUAUCCAGAGUUUUGAGGUGGUUCUCUCAGCAACAAUAACUGCUUGAGAUUCUGUAAAACUAUCAGAUUAUAAUGUAUUUUUUUAAUUUAAACUUUAAUUCAUUUCAUUUUCAUUACAUGUAAAAUGUUAUACUCAGAGUUUGGCUUUUGGCUUGUUAAAAUCAGGAAUCCAGUAUCUCAAAUAGCUUGAAUAUUUUCUAUGAUCAAUCCGACAAAGAGUUUAAAUACAAAAAUGUGUAACUUUAUUUUAAAAAUCAGUACUUCUUUGCUUAUUACCGCAGUAGCAUGGCAUGGAGCUGGCACUGCUGAGGUGUUACUGAAGCCCAGGUUGAUCAAAUGUUGGCUCUCAGCUCGUCUGUGUCUGAGGGUCAGGUGUUUCUCAUCUUCCUCUUGACAAUACCCCACAGAGUCUGUCUGGUCAAGCCAGUUUGCUGGUCCAACAAGCACAUUAAUAUCAUGUUGACAUAUCUAUUUGGUAGGAGUUCUGGCUCUAAAGGAAGGUGCUUAGUCCUGUUUUAGAAGGAGUUCAGAACCUUCAUAAUGCUUGUCAUGUAAGCAUGAAGAACUCCAAAACCACCCGGUAGAAGUGUUUACUCUGACUUGAUAAAACACAGUGUACCACAAAUCACCAUAGAGUGUGGAAACUUCAUCUGGUCUUAAGAUGUAUGAUGAAUGCGACAAUUGUAGUCCUUUCUUGAAGAAAUCUGUGCUUUGGGUGGUUCUUGAUGCGCAGACACCAGCCCUUGUCUUGAAGCUCAGUUUUUUCAUCAGUUUUCCCGAGACUGUGGUCGCCCCUGGUGCUUGUUGACCUUUUCAACACUUCUAUUUCCUCUCAUUCAAGUUUCCAUUGAAGUACUUCAAGAUAACUCUGAACAGCCAGAAUUUUUAGCAAUGACUUUCUGUGCUUUACCCUCCUUUUAGAGGGUGCUGGUGGUGAUGGUCUUUGUGACAACUGUCAAGCAGUCUUACCAGCCAUUGUGGUUUAUUGUAUUGAAACUAAAUGAUAAUGUUUUUAGAUGAUUUUGUUCAAGUUAGCAAUAGAUUAUGCAAAUUGUUCCAGGCAUCCUCUCCCCAGCAGCGCUUCUCCGUCAAGGGGAUUCUGGGCAUUCCCAUGCCAAAUAUGAUAUUUAAUCUUUUCAGUGAGUUUUAGUAUGCCCUGGAGUCUCCUCCCAGUUGGAUGUGCCCAUAGGAAACCCCCAAAGAGAGGCACCCAAGAGGCAUCUUUAUCAGAUGCAUGAAACAUUACAACCGGUGUCUUUUAAUAGGAAUUAGUGUUUCUAACAUGAGCUCUCAUCUGGAUGUCAGAGCUCAGGGUAUUAUCCCUAAAGCUGAGCACCAUCACUGUUUGGAGGUAACUCAUUUCAGCUGCCUGUAUCUGCAGUCUCAUUCUUUCACUCACUACCUACAGCUCAUGAAGGUAGGUGAGGGGUGGAACAUUAAUCAGUAAAUUGAAGGCUUUACCUUCAGACUCGGGUUCCUCCCCACCACAACAGUCCGGUGCAAUACCGGCAUUACUGCUGAGACUGUACUGACAUGUCUGUCGAAGUCACAAUUCAACUCCCACCUCCAAAAAAACUUUGUGGGCAUCCCAGGAAAGAUGAGAGUCUGUUUAAAGCCUCCAUUGUGGAAGCUGCUGCCAGGAGUUGUUACCAGAAGACCAUCAGGACCAGUCAAGGCAGCAAGUUUCAUGUCUACUGGUAGACACCAAUGAUAAAGGAAGCUGUCAGGCUGCAGCAGGCCUUAAGGGCUUGAUUUGUCCAGGGGUUUCCAGAAGCAGCAGAGAGAUACCAAGUGGCAUAGGGCGCCUUUGGUAUCUCCAGAGACAAUAACUCGAGUGUUUGAGGAGUGUGUGGAGGCUAUGGAGAAGGUCUCUCAGUUGACAUUAAGGGUGUUUUGGCAAACUGAUUCAAGAGGGUGAAGCAGGACUUGGCUUAGUCUGUUCUCAGCAGGGGUGGAGAACUACUGAUCUGGAUCAGGGUAGUUGGGGUGUGGGAGGAACACUUUGAAUCCAAAUGACAUGUCCUCAGAGACAGUGUUCAGAGAUAAAGGGGAGACCUCUCUAUAUCUCUGGCAGAGGUCUUUGAGAUAGAUAAAAGCUCUACAGCGGCAAGAUAAGAGAUAGAUGAGAUCUGCCCCAAGAUGCUGGAGGAUCUUGACUUUGUUGGGUUAUCUUGGUUGACUCAUAUCUUCCAUGCCUUAGAGCAAUACACACUAAGGUGGUGGUUCUCAUUUUUAAAACAAAGGACCAGAGUGUGUGCUCAAUACUCAUCACACUACUCAGCUAUGGAGUUAUAUUUCACUUUUUAUUUUUUGAGCCCUGAUGGAAAAUGUUAAGCUUUUUCAUGAUACUGUGAUUUUUUGAGCUGCAGCUUUACUGACAAACGAAAGGAUAGAAAGCUCUGUGUCACAACCAUUGGCUGUAUAUAGAAUGGAUAUCCUCUGCCUCCUCGCUGGGUAAAGCCUCUGUGUGAACAGCACCCCCUGGUGACUGGUUGCAGUAUAGGUCAUAAAUCCUGCCUCCUCCAGCAAAAUGAAUGGAGUUGUGGACAAACUAUAGAAAUUAGUUACACAGAAUAUAAAAUUUUCUCUCCCCUGGUUGUGAUGUUGACAUGUUACUGUAAGACUGGUUUGUGCUCAAGUCCUCUUUUUUUCUGUACAGCUCUAUUUUCAGAAGUUAUUAGGGGGUUCAUGUUUUCUAUGAUUGACACUUGAUACAGCCUAUGGGUGUACGAGGAUUGCAUUGAAUAUCUGUGGGAUAUGCUGUUAGAACAGAGCGUCAUCACAGCGACUCUCCCGCCAAAUGCUACUGUGCAAAUGCCUGUUUCAGGAAAUGGAGAAAAUCCCCAAAAUACUAAGAGCAAAUUAGCUUCAAAUUCCUACAAUGACGGGAGGCGGAGCCAAGUUGUCCAUACAAUAUACAGUCUAUGGUCACAACAUCUACUGUAGUAAUAUCCCUGUUGAUAGAUGCUGGACUUAAACAAAAAGGCACAGAGUACAACACUGUUUUUGGUUUUAUAUUCCUUUCUGUCUGAAUUUUGUGAACUACUUUUUUCAGUGCCAUACAUAAAUAUAUAUGUUAGUAUGUAGGUGAGGUGAUAUGUAAAUUAAACGCUCAUAUCAGAGGCUGCAGGUUCCAGAUUUCACUUGUCCCAAAUACAAAGUGAAGACGGAUAGUUCUGUUUUAUCUCAACAACUGAGAGUGUGUAAGUAACCCUAUAAUCUCCCUCUCCCUGUUGUUGCUGCCAACCUCUUCGUCUUUGUAGGCCAGUGAGCUUCCACUAGAGGAGCUGCUGGCUCUGUACGGCUACACGGUGUCAGAUCCAGAGAAGGAGACCUGUCACAUGGCUGCCAGCCUGCCAGGCAUGACACUGGACAAGGUAGGAGAAAGAACCAAAUAUGUCUGUUUUAGUUCAAUUUUGUUUUAUUUACUUUAUUGUUCUGAAGGUUUUAAUAUUUUGCAGGAUCUCUUUCCCGCGGAGGAAGAAGAAGAAUCGUCAGCUGAUGAUCUAACCCCAUCGGUCACGUCAAACACGUCAGAUCUGCUCCAACGCCUCCAAUGUAAACACAAAAAAACACAUGAAAACACUGACAUAGAACUGAUUCAGUCAUUUGGUAUUAAGUCCAGCAAAACAAAAUGUAGAUUUGCACAGUCUGGCUCUAUCUGGACAUUCCUGGAGACUUUGCUGAUGGUGAAAUUCAUUUCAUUGUUCAAUUUAAACCACUGCUGCUGACAUUUCAAAAACUUAAAAGGUGAAAGACUUCAGUGUCAGAAAAGUAAAUGAAAGAUUCUUUGUUAUUCUCAGGUUCUUCCUGUGUGACUUGAUUUACUCUCUCCCUGUAGCUUUCUGUAACAUGUCACAGACACUCAAGUAUAUCUACACUCAGGGAGUUCCUAUUUAAUCAAACAACAUUCUCAUGCUUUUCAGUCUCUUUGAACUCAGCCACAGUAUCUGUAUUGAAUCCACAAAAUAACAUAAAAUUGAACAUGUGGCACAUUUGCUGCUUUGUAAAUGUUAUAAAGUAUAGACUGAUGAACUGAGCAUUUUUUAACAGUUGAAAAGAAGAAGAGCCUUUCUUUCAUUUUUUGCUGAGCCUUUCCUUGGCUUUUAUUUUUUCUAUUUCAUUUUUAUGCUGCACCACUGAUGGUUGUGACUAGAGGCAUGUUUCUGUUUUUCCCAUGUGUAAUUAGACUGAAGGAUUUUGGUGGUGAAAAGUCAAGUCCAGCAUGACCCAUUCCCAUAAAUUAGAUGUUUUAGAAUAGGUUUUUAAUUUUACAGCAGGAACUUUGUCCACAUGUUUAAAGGAUGAAGUUAUUUCACAGUUUUUAUCAAAGUUCAAGGUUGCUGUUACCUCACUAAAUAUAUUUUGGCUUUAACUCAAGAGUUGAUGAAAAAAUUCACACAUUUAUGAAUGAGGCAGAAUAUUGGUCUUGGUUUUGGAAACACCCUGAAGGAAAUCAUUCAAAACAAGCUCAAAUACCUUCUUAGAAAUUAGUUAAUUUGGUAGUAUAAGGUCCCCUUCAUUUGUUGAUUUGUACAUUUUUACUCUUAAACAAAUAUACUGUUUCUUAAUCUCUGCUAAUCAUGUCUGUUUAGUCUAUUAUAAGGCUAAACAGACAUGGAUGUGAAGUGCACUCUGGCUGGCUUUCAGAGCCAUAAACUGUCACUUUUACUUUAUCCAUCAUGUCCCUUUAUUAUCUAUCAUAAUAUUUGUUGCUGUCUGGUGGUUAUUUUCUUGAAAAUCCCAUAUUUUGAUCAUUUUUAGAAUUCACUUAUUAGAUCAUGGUUGAUGAAAAUCAAAUGACAGAAAAACAAGGUCUCGUUUUUGAAAGAGUAGCUGUGAUCUGUCAGCAGACGUGAUUGCAAAACAGCGUCAAAGAGAUUCAACAAAGCUUUUUUGUUCAUGCAGCCCUUGUAAAGUUUUGAAAUUGUUGUCUGAACCUUUUCUCUGAUGUUUUGUCUCACAGGUGGCGAUAAAGACACAUUGGCCAGUUCAUCAGAUGAAGACUCUGAUGAUGUCGCAAUUCCCUCCAAUGAAGAGCACAAGGUUUGUCACUGAGGACAAAAUCACUCACCUGUUGAUCACUGGAAGUUUUUGAAAAAAGACACACAACUUUCCUUUGACUCGUAGUAAAAGUCAUAAGAAGAGUGUAUGUUUAGCUGCAGUUUUGUUGUUUAUCAGGAGAGAAAAUCACAAACAGCAUCUUCCAAAAUGCAAUCAGGCUAAGUCUUUGUUUACAUGAUGGUUUGCACUAUCAUAAAACGCAGCUGCCUCGCACCACACUUCUUGCUGCAGUGGUAUCUGAACUUUGAGAGGGAAUUAAUAACUUUGAAAUCAUUCUCUGAUGAAACACUAAAAUUACAACCAAGGAAAGGACUUUGCAAAUCGCAAAACCUUAGAUUUAAUUGAGAAUAGUGCACAAACAACAUAUCAGAUGUUAAAACUGGAAAAUGUUAUUGCUUUAUGAAAAGUAGAUGGUCUUUAAAAUUACAUGCCAAGAUUGUGUUUUAGGAAGGUGGAGACGGAUAUUUUUACCUCAUCUUUGUGCCGCUAACAUCAGCACAUUUUAACUCAGUGUUUGACUUGAUGUCUUGGCACUAUUUCACUCUCAAAAUGGGAUUUAAAUGAUUCAAAAACCGUGAAAAAAAAUGCUCCCAAUUUUUUGAAGUUGGGGUCGUUGUGCAUUGGACCUCAGCUGUGGUUGUGGUCAAGUCCUUGAGUAUUUGAGAACACUUCUGUACAGCACAGAUUUUAGAUGUUUGGUUAUGUUGGAUGCAUUUCUGGAUACCAACACACUCCUGAUUUCCCCUUUUAGGAGAUCAUGGUGGGCUCGAUGUAUCAGGCAAAAAUCCCUCCACUCUGUCCGUAUACCUGUCAAGAGAGAGGUAAGCAGCUGAAGAGUUCACUCAUCACUUUGGAUGGAAAGAAGUGUAUCUGAUGUUUCAUUCAUAUCAAGUCAAGGAUGUUGUGUGCGCUUGACGUGAAAUCUCAUCUCUUUGUCGUCUUCACGUCCACUUUUCCUCUUUUUUCCUCUUCUUCCGAUAACUCAUUGAAUCUGCUGCCUCGCUCUCUCCACAUCUCUUAACUCUCGAUAUGUCUUUGUUUUUCUAGCCCACAGCAGUGAGGAUCAAUUGCUGUGGAAGCCAGGUGUUCUUCCCGUGCAAGACGUGGAGGAGUUCUUGAUGUGUGCACAGAGACUGCGCGGCCAGGAGGGGGCGUCCUACUUACGGACACAUGGAGACACUGUCCAAGACAACGAACAGGUAGACUCGCUCACAAAUUGAAUAACAGAGAUGCUGCAGGCAUUUUUUUAAUGAGAGGAGACAAAUCUAACCCACUCCCUUCCUUUGGUUCUCAGGCUUUGUAUGAGCUGGUGAAAUGCAACUUCAAUGCAGAGGAGGCAUUGAGGCGGUUAAACUUCAAUGUGAAAGUUUUUAGCGGUAAGAAACAUCCUGUUAUACUUUUCUUGUCCUCUAGAACUCAAAACUGUAAAAAGACAGAAUAUGUGUCUAAUAAUUAUAUUAUAGAGAAUUAUAUCCAACCUGUUUUCAGUUAAAGUAAAUUUUGCAUCAUUUUUUGAGUCUCCUCUCACAGCUGUGGGAAAACAUCUCCUCUCUUGACUCCUGAGGUUUAAAAUGAAAAACUGUAGAAGGAGGUUUUAGUCUUAAUGAAAAAGCAGGACACAAGGUUGUCCAGUGUGGUAAUGAAAACAACUUCCUCAUAAAGACGCGUUUUCAAAGUUCACUUAAGUAGAGUUGCUCAUCUUAGACCUGAACACACAUCACCCACAGCUUUAGAGUUUGAGGUUAACCCUUUAGUUCAAUAAUCUGCAAGGUGUAGUGAUCCCAGCCGUCAGAAUCCAUAUUGGAGCCCUAAGAAUCCAUUUCUGCCUGAGGACACGACAAAGUAUGAUUUUUUUAUUCAAUACCAUGACAGUACAACACCAACUCAGGAGAAGAAGAGGAGGAGUUCACUGAGCUGACCUCCUGACCACCUGUUCAGCCAUGAGGCUUCAGUCUGAAUCCAAGAUCUUUGUUUGGAUUUGGGAGGAAGAAUAAAUGCCCACUGCCAUGUCAGAGAGCCUUUCUCCACAUCCCCUCUGACUUUCUCUCGAGCUGACUUAAUCAAUACAGAAUAUAGAUCCAAUGUUGAACUCUAGUGGCACUGCCUUUAGCCGAAAACAUAGAGGAUCCGUACUGAGUGCGUUCCGUAUUUGAGCAGCAUUGAGUGUCGCAUACAGGACGUGUAUUUGGAGCGUUGGCAGCAGCGUAGUGCAGCCCCGGUCAGCUGGGCUCAGUAUAUAGAGAACAAAAUGCUCACAACAGGUUGUUUUGCCUUUCUGUGGUCUAUUUUCUGCUAAUUUGGACAUAAUUCAGUGACCGUUGAGCCUCUACUAUUUGUGAAAAAGCAACGUGAUUCUACAGUUUUGGUUUUUGCAGGUUUACUCGUGUUUAAUAAAGUAAACUAUGUUCCUUUAUGCUGUUACCUUCAGACAGAGUUAGCAGUUAAAAGUCCUGUUGGAGUCCACAUGGAUCAGGGAUUGACCAUCGGAUUGUUCUGUGUUACUGAUAAAUCCAUAACCAGGAUGUUUUUCUCAUUUACACAAACUGAUACACAGUCAGGAGUUCGCAUAUGUUGUUUUAUUUUGAAAUACCAGAUGACAUGCACAGUUUUCAUGCUUGACUUCCUGUCUGGGAUGAUCUUCUUUGUGUGGAUUGAUGCGCAAUGGAAGCAUAGAGCAGCAAAAUAGACUCGCUGCGUAUCUUUUGCAAAACCGUGGUAACUUCACAGGAUUUAAUAACUUCAAGUGAAAUCUGAUGAUUCUUUUGUUUCUCCAGAAGAGCUUUGUGCCUGGAGUGAGGAGGAGUGUAGGAACUUUGAGCAGGGUUAUCGAGUUUACGGGAAAAACUUCCACCUCAUUCAGGCUAACAAGGUGAGUUCUCAUGAUGAACCUGAACAGUGUCUGAACCAAGCUUCCUGCUCAAAACAAAAACAGUGUUCAUUUUUUGUAUCUUCCUCAGGUACGAACGCGCUCAGUUGGGGAGUGUGUGGAGUAUUACUACAUGUGGAAGAAGUCUGACCGCCAUGAGUACUUUACCCAACAGGCCACCAGGCUCAGCCGCAGGAAGUACAACCUUCAAUCAGGGAGCAUGUGAGUAUUUACAAGGAUAUGAAUGACGAAUGACAUUCAAGCCAAGAUUUAUGCUAAAUGAGUGGGAUGAACAAAAGAUCCAUUAUUUUACUGCAAACAGCUGCUCUCUGUGAUGUGCGGCCCAGCCUCAACUCUUUGUACAAUUUCAAUCUGAAAUGACAUCCUGGUUACUCACUCACUUUCAAUGCCUGCUAUGCUGCACUAACAGCGGCCGUGCUGUGUUUUGCAGGGAGGAUGGAGAACAGGAUAGGGAAGUUGGAGAGCAUGAAGGCAGCAACAGUUCCUCAGGCUUGUUGUCUCACAGCUCUACCAGGCAGCUCGAAUCCCCGUCACCUCCACAGUCAAACCUGGAUACAGACAAACAAGGUAACAUUUAGAGGUUGGCAAUUGAUUUCAAUGAUAAAAGGCAGUACUAUAGUGUAAUACAUUUGUUAUCUCACAGAUGGGCUGAAUAGAUAAUGAGUCAAGGGUCACAGCGUUAUCAAUACUAUGUGAUUUGAUAAAUGGGGUAUAUGUUGAAACAAUCCCAAACACAGCAUGUCUGAAGUUUUCACAGUGGUUCCUAAAAAUACGGAAAUCAAGGGCUGUGUUUCUUCACCCAUCUUUUUGUAUUUGAACCAUAAACAUACAAUGUCAGACACAUUUUUAAAAUGACAUUACUCUGUGUAUUUUUGUUUUUGUCAGUUGAAUACGGUGGCCGGGAAGUGUCAGACGAUUUGCAUAUUCAAACGAAAAAAAACACGAAUGCAAACAGCCACAACACGAACCUAAAUAAUGACACCGGAAGUAAUCUUGCAGCAGAAUCAGAAAUGGGCAAACUACCACCAGGGUUUCUGACAGACUAUUAUUACUGAUGGACACGUUGUAAAUGGAAGGUCUGGAGAGUUGGAAAAAUUAAGUUAUCUAAAGUUUGCUUGCAGGUUUCCUCUUUGAUAAAUAUCAUUUUGCGAUCAUCUCAGUAAGCAAUGGAAAUUUGCGAGUGAACAUUAGUUUACUUACUUUUUCAAAUGCUCCAGAUUCUCUCCAUACACAGUGGCCUUUAUUUAUCAAUCUUGCGUAGAACUGAGCGCAGGAUUCAUCAUACGAUAGGACACGUGAGAUUUAUGAAAGGUUUGUAUCUGACCAAUCCCAGCAUACGUAUGACCGGGUCUUGAUAAAUGCAGUGGCUAAAAUCGAUCGUCGUUAACAUGUUUACACCCUUAAAUAUUCGUGGUUCAGGAGCCUCGCCCACUGAGGUCAAACAUGAAAGAGGAGAAAUAUUAGAAAGAUUCCAAGCUUUUCUGAGCUGAAAGUGGAUAUCCUCACAUCUGUGGUGGAAACUAACGAGGAUUUUCUCUUUGGAAGCAUCAAAACUGUAAAAUCAGUAUAAAAGCAGUCCAGAAAACUCCUGUCUGGAGCAGGAAUAGUGAACAGUGGCUGAAUUUUUAAAUAAAUCAUUAGUCAAUAAGUUGCUCAUGAUGAUAAAUUACUAUCUCAUACAUGCCUCAUAUUUUUUUAUUGUGUUGUAGCUGGUCUGUCCGCGAUGUGUAGAUGCAGAAGGAGGCUUCAUGACACUGGCCUGCUUGUAUAAUAGGAUUUUAUUACAAAGACAACACCUCUGUCAAAACAGGGCUGCAGUUGCUGGGAGAGGACUGCCAAUGAUGUCCAGCUCUCCCAAACCUGAGUUUGUGAUCUUGUGAUAUAGGGUUAGAGGUUUUAGGUCCUCCUACAUCCUCUGUUUAUCUUUAAGUUAUAUUCCUUUACAAUCUGCUUUACGCCUAUCUGACCUGUGACCUGCAAACCCCCAACAGUGAGGAUAUCUGGACCAGGUACCAUAAAAGAGACCCAAUUCCCACACUUCACCAUUUGCUUAUCUAAGGCUCUCCCUGGGAAAUGCUUUAACAUGUUGUAUGUUGGUGCUGUACUCUAGAUACCACAACUGCCAUGACACAGGCUACGCUGCUCCUAUUAUUGAAAGUAUUUAGUUUUAAUUUGUUGCCUCUUUGUAAUGUAGAGCAGACUGGAGAGUCUGACAGAGGCUGAACAAAAAUAAUUAUUAAUGUCACCAAACGGUGUGUUGCUGCUACUUAGACACAUUUUUAUGGAAUUCUAUUGGAUUUUUAUCACUAAAUAAAGAGCAAGAGCACUUUCUAAACUUACACUUUACAUGACAGAAUCCAUGGAUACGGUCCUGUCUCCUCUGUACAGCACCAUUGUGGAGUCUCUCCUCGUUAUUAUUCUCCGGGCAUCAGGUCGUCACGUUGCACCUGCACAGCCAACGGCACUCCAUUCACCAGAGCCACAUUAGGCAAAACCGUACUGGCCCAAAUGAUGUCCCACACCCUUUCAGGAGUGUACAACAACGUCCCCGCUGCUGGACCAAGACAGAUACAUCUGCCUUUUAGGAGUCAAACGCAGCACUCCAUAUGUGCGUGUGUGUGCGCCAUGUUAAAACGGCGCUCCUGCUCUGUGGCAGUGUUUCUGCGCAGAGUUAUCAAAUAGGCCUAUUCACUAACAACAUAACAAUUUUAUUUUAUUGUAUUUAUUUCUAAAUCUUUAAUGAAAUCUGUCUAAAUGUGCGUAAUGACAGGUUUGAGGUUUGUAUAUCAAUUAUUUUGAGACAGACAUUUGCUGCACUGCAGAUCCACACUGACUCAAACUUGCGUACAUGAUGUCAAACCUGUCGUGAAAUUUGGUCGUAGCAUACGCUCACGUGCACAUGGAUAGAUGCCGAUCCUCACGUCGCAACUUACGUACGCAAGCGAACAUGAGUUUUCUGCCGUUUGCAAGCUUGAUAAAUGAGGGCCACUGUGUCUGUCAGUGAUAAUGGUCUGUCAGAAACGCUAGUGGUAGUUUGUCAAUGUCUGAUUCCACUGUAAGAUGACUUUUUCAACGUCGUUAUUUGCGUUCAUGUUGUGGCUGUUUGCAUUUGUGUUUUUGUUCUUUUGCAAAGUGUUUUGAAUAUGCAAAUUGUCUGACACUUACAAGACACCGUAGUUGAAAGCCUUAUUUUGAUCACAUGGUUUGACUUUCAUUUUGACAUUACAUAUUCAUCAUAAACCAUAUUUACAUAUGUCUCCCCUCCUUUGUUUCCCCUGCUACUUUCUUGCUUUUUGUGUGUCCUGUUGUGUUGGUGCAUGGCUGUAUGCAUGUCUACGUCUCUGUGCUCUGUGCAUGCACAUCUGUGGACAUGGUACUCCAGAGGAGGAGGGCCGUCCCCGGCGCAGACGGACUCCCCGCUUUCUAUUAAAGCCAUGAACUCGGUCCAGACAGGCCACAGAUAGCAGGCUGGGCCUGCAGGUAAAUAAGGCAAAAAGAAACACUUAAAAAGGGGGUUUGUGAAUGAUAUGGUGAUUGGGAACAAGUUGCUUUAACCUGACUGUUUUUGAUAUUAAGAGGUGGAAAGUAACUAAUUACAUUUACUGAAGUUAAUACAAUUUAGCAGCUUUAUUGUGUACUUCUAUUUUUUGAGUAGUUUCUAAUAUUUGCACUUUUACCUGAGCUUCUAUAUUUGACACUGUAUCUGAUACUACGUAAAACUACAAAGUCACUUGCUGGGAGAAAAUCAAAGUAACUCAAACUCAUCAUGUAAGUGUACUUAUACUGGAGUAGAAUAUUUUCAUCCUCAUUUCACCCUUGUCAAAACUUAAACUAUAACUUGAAUCCAAUGAUACCGGUAUUAAAGCUAUUGUAUAUGGCUGUGAAGCAUCUUUUGGCCCAUCAGUAUGCGAUCCAAAUUACAAGUACUUCUCAAAAAAUUGUUGUCCUGAAAAGAAAAAUAUUUUCCACCGUUUACAAAAAGAUUUAAGUCUAACAUAACCUCAAUCACUGCGUAUAAACAUAAUUUAGAUCAUUAUGAAAAAAAAAACAUAAAAAAUUAAAAACAUAGCUGAAAAUAUUAGAUUAUUUCUCAUCAGGGUAAACUAUAAUACAGACAGUUUAGUAUAAAUACAGUGAAUUUCUUGAUCUGGUUCAGUACAUCCAACCAUAAUCAUAGGAAAAACUCCAGACAUCACAAUUGUCCAAAAAAAACGAUUUAGCUUUUGGUUUCUUUCGUGAGCUAUGAGCCACAAUGAACUAAUUCAAAAGAAAAAGGCUUGAACUAUUCCACCUUACAUGUAAUGAAAAUAUUUACCUAUUAAAUCAAAUUCAGGAAAAAAAGAAAAAACAAAAACUUUUUCAUGACUUUUUGAUUUUUUGAGAUGUACCUAAAUAUUUAAAAUAAUGUCAGGUAUGUUUAUUUUUUAUUUUUUUUUAAAUUCUGUGUCCUUGUCCUUGACUCCCGCAUGCAUUUAAAAUUAAUUUGAGUAAACUGAAUUUUUACCACAACAUCCACCGGUUUAUCAGUAUUUUAUAUCAAACUGAAAUCUGUUUUUGUGUCUCAAACUUUUGACCAUAACUUGACUUUAAAUUUGCUUUAACAUAGCUAAGAAAAGUUGUUAGCAUUUUUUAGCAGCUGUUAUGAUCAUUAUUAACUUGUACAGCACUCAAAGAUCUACAGUGCAAAGCAACAAAACUCAUGAGGUAAUCACUGAAUACACAUGCUUGACAGUGGAGUAGACAUAUUCUCAAAUUUGAAGGCAGUUUACUGAGCGAGAGAAAAAUAAUCUCCAACUUUUACCGAGUUAGGAGCAGCUUUGUUUUUUACCUCUUUAUCUAAGGGACAACACAGACAUCCUAAAUUUAAAGUUCCUCUUAAUAACACCUGUCAUAUGUUUAGAUAAUUUCUCAACAUAAACUUUAUUAGACCAAAAAAAAAGAGUUGUAAUAGAUUGGAGGACUGCAGCAGCAGAUAUUUAACCACGAUGUGAUCUUUCGUCCUCUUCUGCAUUCGUCCAGAUGGUGAGCUGGUGACAGGGCUGUCAGACCUGUGUGGGGACAGAUGUCCACAGCAGCUGUUUGCCUGUCCCUUCUCUCUCCUGCCCAUGGAUGACCUGCAGGAUCCUGGCUCAGGCACUUGUUGUCCCUCAGCUCCAGUACAGCUCCUGCUUCAGCCGUCCCCUCAGAGCUCCCUGUGGGCCUGCGGGAGUCCUCCGUCCUGCCACAACGAUCCUCACCUCCCGGGCUCAUGCUUCUACCAGCUGCACAUGUGUGGCGGACCUUUUGUUGACGAGAGCCAUGACUGUGGUGCGGCAGGAGAUGGGACCGUCUCCCCCUGUGGGUUGCAGGUGGAGUUUAGCCUGCCGCCCGCCUCCCCACCCUCACCUGCUGUCCUCCCAUCACACUUUCAGGCGUUUGGCAGCCUGCUGCACCCCUCUCCCGUCCAGCAUCCUCGCUCUCUCACAAAGUGAAGGCUCAUGGGGGAAUUUAAACUGAGUGGUACUCUAAAAGUUUUCCCCUGAGUCAAGAUUUUUGACAGUUAAGGACAUGAAGUGCAUUUACCAAACUCUGUGAAAAAGAAUGGACCUACUACCUGCAUCAGGGGGUCACAUGUCUGCCUGAACCCUCUCCUUAAACGGAAACACUUGAACCCCUGUCUGUUGUUCACUGACGUGUUUAAAUCUUUUACUUUCACCUGGUGAUGAUGUGUUUAUGAACUGUUUUAUUUCCACAACCUGCAGCAGAGCAGUGCGAUGAAUUUGCUGUAAUUUAAACUUUGUUGUGGAAGCUGAGUGAAUGCAGGUGAUGGAAGCUACAGGAAUCAUGCAAACAAACCCAGAAGCAGCAUGAUUGUCUUCAACCAAUAACAGUUGUAAUUGCUGUUACUGUAUUUUCUCUUUAUUUAUCAGGUUAUUCAGAAUAAAAAAAUGCAGCUCAGAUUUCUCCAAAGGUUUUCCACCGAGAGCCAAUCGCUUGUUUCUUUAUGUAUGUUCUGCAGCUUCCAAGUUUUUGCUUGGAGACGCAUCUAUUGAAGUCACAACAUGACUCGUUUGGGUGAAAUGACAGAGUGAAACUUGCUUUUUAAACAUUUUAGAAUGGUUUAUUUAAAUAUUAGCUUGAAUGUUUCCAUUAAGUCUAUAGUUGUAUCUACAUUUUUCCCACUUUUUUUUUUUCUUUUUUUUUUGUUUGCACUUCCACCCUCUUUCACUCCACCUGUCUGGAAACAUUUUGCAUAAGUGUCAAUCUUUUCUUGUAAAUUUUGAGAUUUUACAAAGUACAUGUGUUUUCUACUGCUAAGACACAAACACGAAAAAAGAAAAAAAGAACAUUUUUCCUUUUUUUUUUUUUGCCUCUGCCUCUGUGGAGUUGUUCUUCAUUUGAAGAUUUACACAGAGAUUCAUUAAGACGAUGUGCUUUCUUUGUCCCCGUAUCUUGUAAGUGAUCUUUCAUCUUGACUGGUUCGGUAAGAAACAGUUCAAGUUGCAGAAGAGGUAUCCAAUCAAAAUGUUUAAAUGUACAGUGUAAACAAAGUUAAAUCACUGAUUGCUAAUUCAGCUUCCUGGAUUCUGUAACCACAAUGAUCUGAUAGUCUGUGAAAUAGUCUGAGUCUGUCAUUAAUCCUCAGAACAGAUAGAGGAGUGACCGUUUUAAGGCUAUUGGAUUAGAGCACAACUUUUUGAUGAUAGAGAACAAACAUGAACAGAUUACUCUGACAUGAAAUUCAACAAUUCCAGCACAAAGUUUGUUUUGUUUUUUUUAAGUUUGUAGUGCUACACAUCCAAACUGUAUCAUGGAUUAAACAAAGAUCUCUUUCCUCUGAAACGUUUCCUCCACUGACCUCUACUAAACAAAAUGAGCUGUCUGUAUAAUCAAAUGUAAUCAACAGUGUAAUACAUGUACAUGCAUUAACAUCUCUAAUAAUAUAUUUUAUAGUGAAAAUUUUAUAAUGAAUUCUCAUGUUUUUCUUACAGAUAUUCCAAAAAUGUUGAGGCCCUAUCUCAUCCGCUGUAACUGUCAACCUAUCAUGAUUUCCUUAGAAUAACAAAUUUUGUGUAUAGUCAUAAAUACUUGAGUGUUUUGGGUUUUUUUUCUGUUGCAUGUCGGUGUAUUUUAGUCACAGGUAAAAAAACAAAACAAACAAAACAUGUAGCUACGAGUCCCUCCCUCCAUCUGUAAUGCUAUUUAUUUCAUGUUUCUGUCUGUAAAUGUUGGAGCUCUUCUGUAAUCCCUGUAAAAAAAAAAAAAAAAAAAAAACCCAGCUGGUCUCAGAUCAGUUUUUUUUGUCUUUGUUUACAUGAGGGUUCAGAACAAGGCAGGCAAGGGGCUGAAUCACUGCCUUUUGUUAACUCUUUAUUUUUUUUGCUUCUACUUUUAGCAAUUUCUAUAUCAAACUGCUUCUGUUAUGUUUAUAAUUAUUAUAUUUUGUAAAAAAGAAAGAUUAAAAUGAUCAUGUGGUAAAUAUUAAAAUGCUUUUCUUGUGUAUUAAUGAUUUUAGAUGUUGGCACACAUCCGUCACCUUAAAGUUUAACAAGGGGAGAAGUGAAAUCCAAAAUCUGUCAAUGUAGAAUAUACUCAUAUCAUACAGUUGUGUAGAUUUGGUUUAAGAAAUAUUUCAUGUAUAUGCUGUGAAAGAGAAACACUUGCAGUACUGAUCUGAUUCAUUAUCUUUUAACACUUUCAUGACUUAAAGUUCUCACAUUUCACCUUUUUUUUAAAUUCUGGCUUCAUGCUUUGAAUCUUUACAUUUAAUCAUUAAAUUAUACAGUUAUACAUGUGUUUGCUAUUAAAUGGAUUGGAAUGGAUCACAAUGAAGGCAAAAAAGCACAAGAAUCAUUGAUGUAAUGUCUUACUUCAAAUCUAAAUGUACAGGAGCCCAAGGGGGUCACACACCUAGACUUUUUAUCCACUUUGUUUUUUCACAAGAACAUGGCAUUUAUGUUUUUUUCAUCAGCGCUCAAAAUUUUCACCCUGCUAUCGAGACAAAAAAAGUGUUUCUUGUAAAUGUCUGUUGUUUUUCAGGAUUUAAAUGUAUUUCUCCCAUCUCUCCAAUUUUAAGAUUACGGCACAAAACAGUCAAUGAUCAGAACCACAGAGAACAGACAAAGCAACAGAGUUUUCUAAACUUAUCUAACACCUUGAUCCUCUGAUCACUCAGAGCACUACAUUACAUAUCUCAUUCACACACUGAUGGCAGAGGCUGCUGUGGAAAGCAGCAUCAGUAUUGGCUUCUCACUUUAACACAGAAAACCAACUCUACCACCGAGCUGCAACCACUCCCCCUGGAAGGUCUGGUGGCUCUGCUUGGGAAUGUUGCUUGGGAAUGUUUCAGAUUUCAGGUUUGUCGCUGUGAGAGGCCCCCCAGGAGCAAGAGGUUGGCUGGAGGACCCAGUGGAGCUAAGAGAAGAGGUAGAAGAGGAAUAAGUGAGGAAGAAGUCAUUAGAGGAGAGCCCAAGACUAGGAGCUCAAGCUACCUUACACUGGAUUAGUGUGAGUAAAUAGGUUGUUUCCCACUUUUUUCAUUUGUUUUAUUAGUUCCUUAUUUUCAUUUUGUUGUAAGUGUUUGUUUUACUUUGAGGCUAUAUCUUUGAAUAUUAUUUUGGUCUUCUGAUUGCUGUGAAAGGGUCCAGCCCCCAUUAAGGAUUUGAAAUGAUUGGUGAUAUGAAGUGUUUCGUUUUUCUAGUGAACAUUUUUUUCUAGGCUAUAAAGUUUUCUCUCUCCUCUCAUUCUCCUCCGCUCUGUAACUCCCUCUGCUGGUCCCAGGCUGCAGUUGAAGGAAAAGAGCCUCGGGGUGGUCCUGUGGCAGACUUCGCCUUCUCAGGAGCAGCAGCGUGAUUUCAUCAGUUGAUCCAGUCUGUAAUGUUGUAUGGGAGGCACAACAAUUACACACAGAAAACUUUGUAUCAUGGUGGAUAAAAUUACAUCAGCAAAGACACUGAAAGCAAUCAGGAACUUGUAUUGUCAUUUGCUUGACAAAAAUUCUCAAUGUUUACAUUUUUAUGUUUGUUGUGUAUGUGUGAUGAUAUGCCUAUUGAAAUUUAUAUUUAAGUUCAUAUAUAUCAUAUUACAAAAUGAUAAAGUGAAUGAAGGUUUCUACUUUAGCUGUUUGUAACUUUUCAUCCCAAAGACUUUAAUAGAGGAGGGGCAGAUCCAAAGGUUGACUGAAAUCUGCUUGGUCAUCCCAAAAUCUGUUUGCCUUGUCAGAGGCUGGACUGGUGUAAUAAUUAACCUGCUGGGCUGUGUUACAACAGGCUGUCAGUCUCUUUCCUUACAUCUUAAUUUCGCUCAUUUCCCUUUUCAAGGACUGCAAGUUUUUUCUUUUUCCAUGACUCAAAAGAUUAAUAAAUAAUAAAUAAAUAUAUAAACAAAACAGGGUCACAAAAACAUCUUUGAGCGCUCCAGUGUCUGUCAGGAUUAGUGCAGGUCAAACUUUGUCACACUCCUCAGAGGAAGAAACGUUUUGCAUCCUGGUUAAAAGUAUUCUAUUAGAUUUAAUUCAGUCUAAAUUACUCCCAAAUCUUCACCUUGAACUUUAAUU